ACUGGAAAUCCACCUCAGCUCUCCACCCCUUCUCAGCUCUGGAAAACCCAGUGAAUGAAUGAAUGCCUAUCUUCAAUGGAAAAAAAGUUGUCGAGAUUUCGAUUUCUUUAGACCCCGUGUUUUGUAAUCGGAUCCACUUUUUCCUUCCGACGCCGGAUCUUUUGCAGGGGGAGGAAUUAGUCGAUUUGGCGUCUCAAUGCAGCUAGGCUUUUGUUGAAUAGCUGGAAUUGCAGCUGAAUUUGAGUGGGAGAAGCCCUAAUUUUGGGGGAUUUUUAAUCUCAGCUUCAGCUGAUAUGCAAUAGAUAUUGAUAUGAAUAGGAGAGAGUUUGAUAUCAUGACUGUCAGGGCAAAACCUGCUGCUUUAGUUGUUUUACAAAGCAAUGGCCACCGGAGUGCGGAUGGACAAUCUAAGAUGGAGCCACACGUGGGGUUAGAGUUCGAUUCAGCUGAAGAGGCCCAGGAGUUUUACAAUGCAUAUGCAACCCAAGUUGGGUUCAAAAUUAGGAUUGGACAGCUAUAUAGGUCCAGAAUUGACGGUACUGUAAUUUCCCGGAGGUUUGUGUGUUCGAAGGAGGGAUUUCAGACGCAUUCAAGAACUGGUUGUCCGGCUUUCAUAAGAGUGCAGAAGGCUGAUUCUGGCAAGUGGGUUUUAGCCAAUAUUAAAAAGGAGCAUAAUCAUGAAUUCGAGUCCUCUGGAGAACUUUGCCCACCUCGGGUACAAAGAAAAAGUUUAUCAACUCCAAGAUCCUCAGCUGGUGGGGCUAGUCGGACGGGGAUAAGAUCGCACGAGGACGAUAGUCCAUCUAGUUUUGUUGAUAUAAAGCGUCUCAAAAUGGAAGAAAUGGAUGGAAUAGUUGGGCCCGUUGGCGAACCUUACAAAGGACUUGAAUUUAGCUCUGCCAACGAAGCGUAUAAAUAUUACCACACAUAUGCAGCUCAUAUGGGGUUCCGAAUUAGGAUAGGUCAGUUAUUCCGUUCUAAGCAUGAUGGGUCGAUUACAUCUCGCAGAUUCGUGUGCUCCAAGGAAGGUCAUCAGCACCCUUCAAGAGUUGGUUGUGGGGCAUUUAUGAGAAUACAAAAACAAGAAUCCGGAAGGUGGGCAGUUGAUCGUUUACAGAAGGAACAUAAUCAUGAGUUUGACUUCUCAAUAGAUCCUAGUAGAACUGUGACUGUUGCAUCCAAGGGGUAUAGAGAGGAAGGGAGCAGUGUGUUGGAAAACUUGGAUUUAGUCGAAACAAAUGGAGGCCUGAGUCUUGUAAAACGAGUACGGGAAAGCAAUAUUAAUAGCAAUUGGUACGGUGUGCUGCUUGAUUAUUUCCAAUCUCGGCAAGCUGAGGACACGGGAUUCUAUUAUGGAGUUGAAAUGCGCGACGGAAAAGGCAUGAAUGUGUUUUGGGCAGACUCAAGAUCUCGAUUUUCGUGCACUCAGUUCGGAGACGCCAUUGUGUUUGAUACAACAUACAGGAGGGGUAGCUAUUUGGCGCCGUUUGCUUCAUUCGUCGGGGUCAAUCAUCACAGGCAACCCGUACUCCUUGGUUGUGCUCUAGUUGCAGACGAAUCCGAGGAAUCAUUCACUUGGAUAUUUCAAGCUUGGCUUAGAGCAAUGUCGGGGCAUCGCCCUGUCUCAAUCAUAGCCGAUCAGGACUCCGCCAUCCAGCAUUCAAUUGCUCAAGUUUUUCCCGGGACACACCACCGCUUUUCCGCCUGGCAAUUUCUAGCUAAAGAACAGGAGAACUUGGGUGCAUUGCUCUCCCUGAAUGCCGAGUUCAAAUACGAAUAUGAAACGUGCAUUUUUCAGAGUCAGACAGCUAGCGACUUCGAUUCAGCUUGGACUAUGCUAAUGAACAAAUAUAACCUUCGGGAGAACGAGUGGUUCAAAGAUAUGUACAAGAUGCGCAAAAGUUGGGUGCCCUUUUAUGUAAAGGGAACAUUCUUUGCUGGCAUACCCGUCGGUGGAAGCUUAAAAUCGUACUUUGGUACAAUUUUGACCACUCAGACACCCCUCAACGAAUUCAUCGUAAGAUACGAAAAAGCUGUGGAACAGCGCCGGGAAGAAGAAAGGAAGGAAGAUUUCAACUCAUUUAAUUUGCAAGCUGUUUUACACACGAAAGAUCCGAUUGAGGAGCAAUGCAGAAGGCUCUACACGAUCACAAUGUUUAAAGUUUUUCAGAAGGAGCUUCUGGAAUGCUACAGUUAUGUCGGAAUAAAGAUAAAUGUAGAAGGAGCCAUUAGCAGAUAUUUGGUGCAGAAGUGUGGAAACGGUGACGAGAGGAAUACUGUUGCUUUCAAUGCAUCGAAUCUUAAUGUCAGCUGCAGUUGCAAAAUGUUCGAGUUUGAAGGUGUCCUUUGUAGACAUGCUCUUAAGGUGUUUCAAAUAAUGAACAUUCGAGAGCUUCCCUCUCGCUACAUCUUGCACCGAUGGACCAAAAAUGCGAAAUACGGCAUUCUGAGAGAUGCAGAAUCGGGAGGUGGAGCACAAGAUUUCAAGGCCCUGAUGUUGUGGAGUCUACGAGAAGAAGCCCGGAAUUUUAUCGAGGCUGGAGCCGCAUCUUUGGAGAGAUACAAGCUCGCCUUUGAAAUAAUGCAGGAGGGCAGAAGGAAUCUCUGUUGGCAAAACUAGGAGAUGUAAUCUCGAAUAUUGCGCAUAAGAGGUAUGGUUUUCUUUUGAAAAUGAUUUUAUCUUUGAGUUAAGAUCCUCUCGAUUCCAAGCCUGUUUUCCAGCCGUGUAAUUAAAUAGCUUCCUGUCUUCAUGUGCUGUCUAUCGAAUCAUGCCUCGAAUUGUAGUUGUUAAAUAUUAAAUAUUAAAACUCUGCUGGAAUCGUAGUUUGGUGUCUGUUUAAUGUCGAUUUGCGCAUCAAGUGCCUUUAUUAUGUUCAUAUUUUGUGUUUUCUCUUGACAUGAACGCAUUCACGUCUUAGUAUGUAAUGGUGAAUUUUAUGUCUAGUUUCGUAA